GGUAGUCUGAUUACAAGUGGUUGAGCUUUUUCAACGUUCGUACCAACUUCAAGACGGCACACUACCACGUAGGGCUUCUGUAAGUUCAAAGGGGAGAAAAGGCCAUGUAUCCUUGCAAUACGAGCGAAUUAUCAAGAUCCCUUUCUUCUUCUUCCUUUGUUUCAAUUGUUUCGCUGGGUGAAAAAAAAAAAAAAAAAACAAAUCAAAUCAAAUCAAAUUGAGUCGGUGCGCCCGGAAUGAGAUCAUUUCGCGGGCACAGCAAACAUCGCGGGUCUCUUACAAGUGCCCAGGCUGCCGGUCGCUGUAACUACCUAUUUUGUUGGCUCGCAAGUAUCAUAGUUGCCUGAAAGAAGCCGAUGGGCGCUUCACUUUGGUACCUGAAUGGGUGUGGUAUCGUCAAGGGUACCUUCUAUUACUGAAGAUAGGACGAUGUUAGCUGUGGCAGUGUGGCAACGCACUAAUCCGACACCAGGGAUUUAAGACUUCCUUGUCGAGAACAGGCAUGGAGCGUCAUCCGAUUUUCUUUUGGGGAAAAAAGUACAAAUAAAAAUACAAGAGAAAAAGCCAACACCAACGACAUUCGAUCAUUAAACACUACUGACGGACAUUUAAUCCAUUCAAUUUGAACUUGUGUUCUUUCUAAUCACCGAAUCGGCAUGGAUAUCCCAAGGCUGUGCAAUGCUCGGUAGAGUAUCUACCCUGCCCAUUUGCCUGGCCGCUUACCUAGGAGGUAGGCACUUACUUGUAGGAGCCUGGCCUGUAUUACUACUUCUCCCUUGCCUCUUACCUAAAGUACGGCCAGGUAGGUGUUGGCAGUUGCCAAAUUUCCCGAGUCCAUGUUUAGAACGUCAAGUGGCAUGGAGUAUAUAUAAACAAAUAGACCCGUAGCAUCGCAGCUGCUGAGGUGAUCGCCUCGACUUUCCCUAAGGGAACUUCCGCAGCUUGCAUACCUUAAAGGACCUGCCUAGGUACUGAUGAUAUGCAUGCAGAACCGUUUAUGCAUAACAAUAACGAAUUCCUUGGGACCGACGAUCAACCCCGUCCCUGAUUUAUAUCUUGCCAUUUGACAUUUACCACCAGCUUUCGUCUGGGGUAGGAGAAACAUACAAUGUUCUUCUCUACAUUUCUCUCACUCACUAUCCUGCUGCUCACUUUCGGAGGCGCCCUGCCCGUACCUCCUCCUUCGUCCUCGCCGCACCUGACAUCACCAGAACUGGUCCUCCCAGACCAAGAAUGGCGCCGAUCCAGACCGACGGCUAUGAUCCGCAAACGAGCACCGUAUCCGUGGGAAUUUGGCUGGCCCUUCUCCUCGACAUCACCAUCAUCAUCACCAUCCCCGAAAAAAUCGCAGCCCUCCACAGCAUCAUCGUGGUGGACACCGUCGAGCUGGGGACUAUGGGGGCAAAAGAAAAGUGCCCAGGGCGUUCCAACGUCGGGAGGGAUUCCCCCCAACAAGAAUCAGCAGAAAACGACACAUGGUGGCGUCCCCAAACAGCAAGCGACAGCGAAGAACACACAGUAUCCUCCCAAGUCUAAUACGUGGCCACUCACGCCGCCCCCAAGACAAGAGGAGAUCAAGCGGAAACCGGUUCCCGCCAAGGUCGAUUCACUUCAGUCUGCUAAGGUGUCAGCGUCACUCAAACCCGGUCCCCCUUCUGGGAAUCCGUCAAAAGAGCCAUUCAAGUCAAGCGCACCAUGGGGCGCAGGAUGGUAUUCGAAUCUUGGCCCGGAUCCAUAUCAAGGGCAGUACAGGGCCUAUGAGCCGCCCACAGUCUCGCAGCACGAGAAGGAAAAAAACCCCAAGAAGCCAACAGAUGCUCCACAGACCGCUACAAAUAUAGGUUCACAGCCUGCCCCAGUCCCACAGUCGUCGCCAUUAAAAUCAUCUCAAUCUUCGUCAUCUCCUUCUGGCCAAUUGCCCCCUCCUCCACCUUCAAAAGGCCCAAAGACGCCACAGGCAGCGGAGAAGAAACAGACAACCUUAGAUUCAUGGCUGUCGAAAGGUCAAAUGAAUACACAGCCGGCGAAGCAUUCUCCAUCUAUAGCAUCUUCAUCUUCAUCGGCUGCCUCUGGUUCGCCGCCCAGUCCAGUUGCUAAUAAUGAGCUUCCUGACUUGUUGAAGAUCAAACAUCCAGAGACUCCACAAGCGCCAAAGAAACCACAGCCUGAGCAACAGUUUCCAUUAACACCGCCGCCUAGUCCAACCAUUGAUAAGAAGCUUCCUGAUUUAUUAACGAUCAAACGUCCAGAAACGCCAAAGGCAGCUGAAAAAAAACCACAACCUGAGCAACAGUUUCCAUUAACACCGCCGCCUAGUCCAACCAUUGAUAAAAAGCUUCCUGAUUUAUUAACGAUCAAACGUCCAGAGACACCAAAGGCAGUGGAGAAGAAACCACAGCCUGAGCAACAGUUUCCAUUAACACCGCCGCCUAGUCCAGUCACUCAAAAAGAGCUUCCCAACUCGCCAAAAAUAGAAAGUCCAGGCACCCCACAAGAGGUAAAGACGAAAGAGAAAACGAAGCAAUUUACCGUUGACCCUUCACGUACCUUUAAGAGUAUUGUGAAUUCGGCGGGUGUUCUACGUGGAUCCCAAUAAAAGAUCUAAACCUGAGAUCUUCGAGUCCACACACGAACAGGAUGGAAUUGGAUGCCUCCCACUCAGCCUCCUAUAGACCUGACGACAAUGGGUAGCAAAAAGAGGUCAACCCGGCUAUCCCUGGGGAAAGUAAAUCACAUAAGAGCCUUACCUAGCCACCCAGGUCCCAGGUGACUGUGAGCAACACUGCUCCCAGCUUUGACAGCUGAGAUAGGCGAGCCAGCAACACGUGGUUGUCUUACAGUUGCCAGGACAAGUUUGAAGCCUUGCCUCGAAGUUGGGG